CUCAAUUUCUUAUACCUACCUACCUAAGCUAGCUAGCUAAUUAAGCUAGCCAUGGCAAUAACAAGAAUUCUUGCAACCCUUCUUUUCGUGGCUAUCUCGUCGAUUUCUCCGGCAAUCUCCGGCCAUUCUUCCGAUGCCGCCAUAAAGUCUUGGUGCAGUCAAACUCCGAACCCACAACCAUGCGAAUACUUCCUCACUCAUAACCCUAAGUACAAAAUCCCGGCCAUCAACAAGAAGUCCGAUUUCUUCAAAUUGUCUUCCCAAUUAGCCCUCGACCGUUGCAUGCACGCGAAGAGCAACCUCUACUCGUUGGGCCCGAAGUGCCGCAACGAGCGCGAAAAAUCCGCGUGGGCGGACUGCAUCGAGUUGUACGACAGCACGAUCCACGCCGUGAACAAAACGGUGGACCCCACCACGAAAUGCACGCCGGCCGACGCUCAGACGUGGCUGAGCGCCGCCCUGACGAAUCUCGAGACGUGCAAAUCAGGGUUCGUUGACUUCGGCCUCACGGAUUAUAUCUUCCCGUUGAUGUCGAAUAACGUGAGCUUGUUGCUUAGCAAUACCCUAGCCCUAAACAAAGGUGGUGCGUAUGUCGGUGGGGCUAGUAAUAAUAAUAAAGACGGGUUUCCGAGAUGGGUGAACACCGGUGAUCGGAAGUUGCUGCAGAGCUCUAAUCCUAGGGCUAAUGUGGUGGUGGCGAAAGAUGGUUCCGGCAACUUUAGGACGGUGGCGGCGGCUGUGGCGGCGGCCGGAAAACGAACGGGGAGUGGGAGGUAUGUGAUUUAUGUGAAACAAGGGGUGUAUAGUGAGAAUGUUGAUAUUGGGAAGGGUUUGAAGAAUAUUAUGUUGUUGGGUGAUGGUAUUGGGAAGACUAUUAUCACCGGAAGUAGAAGCGUCGACGGCGGCUCCACCACCUUUAAAUCGGCUACAUUUUCCGUCGUGGGCAGCGGGUUCAUAGCGCGUGGAGUCACCUUCCGGAACACCGCCGGCGCCCGGAACCACCAGGCGGUGGCGCUCCGAUCCGGGUCGGAUCUAUCCGUCUUCUACCAGUGUAGCUUCGAAGGCUACCAAGACACGCUGUACGUACACUCCCAAAGACAAUUCUACAGAGACUGCGAUAUCUACGGCACGGUGGAUUUCAUCUUCGGCAACGCCGCCGUCGUACUCCAGAACUGCAACAUCUUCGCCAGAAACCCGCCCAACAGAACCAACACCCUAACCGCACAGGGCCGAACCGACCCGAACCAGAACACCGGGAUCUCGAUCCACAACUGCCGGGUCGCGGCCGCACCGGAUCUCAGACCGGUUCAGAGCUCCGUGAGGACGUAUUUGGGCCGGCCGUGGCAGAAGUAUUCCCGGACGGUGUUCAUGAAGACGACGAUGGAUAGCUUGGUUAACCCGGCGGGUUGGAUGCCGUGGAGCGGGAGCUUUGCGCUGGAUACUCUGUACUAUGGGGAGUAUGCGAAUACGGGUCCCGGGUCGUCCACCGCGAACCGGGUCAAGUGGAAGGGCUACCGCGUGAUUACAAGCGCGGCUGAAGCGGCGAGGUUCGCUCCCGGCAGUUUCAUUGCUGCCGGUUCUUGGAUUCCGGCCACCAAUGUUCCGUUUACUUCUGGUCUAUAAUUUUUAUUAUUUUUCUAUUAAUUUGAUUUUUAUUGAGCUUAUUAUAUUUAAUAAUUGUA